AUGAAGGUCUCAUUGAUUCUCGCGGCUGUGGCCGUGCUGCUGGCGUUGUGCGUGAUUACGCCGGUCCAGGCACUUGCCAAGGGCGACUGCAUUGUCGAGCUGCCAAUCACUACGGGCACGCUGAUCGGGCUUGACAAGAGCAAGUUUGUCUAUAAGGCCCCCUACACCAAUUCCAAGGGUGCCGCCAAGAAGGUGACCAUCACCGUCACCCAGGCGUCCGCCUCCGACGCCGAGCGCGGCGCGGCCUCCGGCAAGGUCGUUGUCGUGUUCCCUGCCGGGACACAGUGCAACUUCACCAACAGCGCGCUGGACAAGAAGGACCCCGGGUUUGCCGCCCUCAAGACCGCCCUGAAGGGCCUGACCAUCAGUUGUGCCCCCGCCGGCUCCGGGUUCGGAAAUUAA